AUGGAGAUGUGCUCAGGGAACCAGGCAGGCAGGUUCUGGGUCUGCCCCGCCCUAGGGGUGCUACCUGCCUGGUUUCAGUCGGCAAACCUCUCAGCCCUGAAACUGGGCCAGGCCUCAUGGCUCUCCUCUGUCCUUAAGGGGCUUGGCACAGAGCUGGCACUCAGGGGCCACUUGUCCACUGGACGGUCCCCACCAUUCACUCCUUUUGCUCAGCUUCUGUCUUGCCUGGUGCCUGGGAUCCCUGUCCUCUACCCUAGUCCAGUCCCUGAGGUCCUUCUACCCCGGUACUCCUUGCCUGGUCUCGACUGUGUUGACCCCACAGAGAAAACUGGGAAGAUCUUGACGGAGUUCCUCCAUUUCUACGAAGACCAGUAUGGCGUUGCUCUCUUCAACAGCAUGCGCCAUGAGAUUGAGGCCACUGGCAUGCCGCAGGCCCAGCUCCUCUGGCGCAAGGUGCCUCUGGAUGAGCGAAUCAUCUUCUCUGGGAACCUCUUCCAGUACCAGGAGGACAACAAGAAGUGGAGGAACCGCUUUAGCCUCGUGCCCCACAACUAUGGCCUGGUGCUCUACGAGAACAAAGUGGCCUAUGAGCGGCAGGCCCCACCUCGAGCUAUCAUCAACAGUGCAGGCUACAAAAUCCUCACCUCAGUGGACCAGUACCUAGAGCUUGUUGGCAACUCUUUACCAGGGAUCACGUCAAAGUCGGGUACCACUCCCAUCCUCAAAUGCCCCACACAGUUCCCUCUCAUCCUCUGGCAUCCCUCUGCACGUCACUACUACUUCUGCAUGAUGACGGAGGCCGAGCAGGACAAGUGGCAAGCUGCUUUGCAGGACUGCAUCCGGCACUGCAACAAUGGGAUCCCCGAGGACUCCAAGGUGGAGGGCCCUGCAUUCACGGAUGCCAUCCGCAUGUACCGCCAAUCGAAGGAGCUGUACGGCACCUGGGAGAUGCUGUGUGGGAACGAGGUGCAGAUCCUGAGCAACCUGGUGAUGGAGGAGCUGGGCCCUGAACUGAAGGCCGAACUCGCCCCACGGCUGAAGGGGAAACCCCAGGAGCGACAGAGACAGUGGAUCCAGAUCUCGGAUGCCGUGUACCGCAUGGUGUACGAGCAGGCCAAGGCACGCUUUGAGGCGGUGCUGGCCAAGCUGCAGCUGGCCCGGCCGGCCAUGGAGGCGGUCAUCCGCACUGACAUGGACCAGAUUAUCACCUCCAAGGAGCAUCUGGCCAACAAGAUCCGAGCCUUCAUCCUUCCCAAGGCGGAGGUGUGUGUCCGGAACCACGUCCAGCCCUACAUCUCGUCCAUCCUGGAGGCCCUGAUGGUGCCCACCAGCCAGGGCUUCACUGAGGUGCGGGAUGUCUUCUUCAAGGAAGUCACUGACAUGAACUUGAAUGUCAUCAAUGAGGGCGGCAUAGACAAGCUGGGUGAGCACAUGGAGAAGCUGUCCCAACUGGCCUUCCACCCCCUCAAGAUGCAGAGCUGCUACGAGAAGAUGGAGCCCCUGCGGCUCGAUGGGCUGCAGCAGCGUUUUGACGUGUCCAGCACGUCCGUGUUCAAGCAGCGAGCCCAGAUCCACAUGCGUGAGCAAAUGGACAAUGCUGUGUACACUUUCGAGACCCUCUUGCACCAAGAGCUGGGGAAGGGGCCCACCAAGGAGGAGCUGUGCAAGUCCAUCCAGCGGAUCCUGGAGCGUGUGCUAAAGAAAUAUGACUACGACAGCAGCUCUGUGCGGAAGAAGUUCUUCCGGGAGGCGCUGUUGCAGAUCACUAUCCCGUUCCUGCUCAAGAAGCUGGCCCCCACCUGCAAAUCAGAGCUGCCCCGGUUCCAGGAGCUGAUCUUCGAGGACUUUGCCAGGUUCAUCCUGGUGGAGAACACGUAUGAGGAGGUGGUGCUGCAGACUGUCAUGAAGGACAUCAUGCAAGCCGUGAAGGAGGCCGCCGUGCAGAGGAAGCACAACCUGUACCGGGACAGCAUGGUCAUGCGUAACAGUGAUCCCAACCUGCACCUGCUGGCCGAGGGUGCGCCCAUCGACUGGGGUGAGGAGUAUGGUGGGGGCGGCAGUGGGGACAGCAACAGCCCCUGCCCCGAUGCCCCCGAAGUGGCCACCAUCUCGGAGAAGCGACGGCGUGCCAAGCAGGUGGUGUCUGUGGUCCAGGACGAGGAGAUGGGGCUGCCCUUCGAGGCUAGCCCUGAGCCAUCACCACCUGCGUCUCUGGGCAGUGUCACUGAGCUCCAUGGCAUGGCCCAGGAUCUGCAAGCCGAGAGCCCCCCGCCCGCCAGCCCCCUGCUCAACGGUGCCCCUGGCCAGGGGAGUCCCCAGCCCAUGGUAGACUCUGAGACCUCCUCACCACCCAGCUCGCCUCGCCAGCCUCUCCCGCCUGAAAAGGCUGUGGACCAUGAGCCUCUCAAACCCAGUGACCAGGAGACUGGGGAGCAGGUGUCCAGCCCCAGCGGCCGGCCCCCGAUCCACACCACCACCGAGAACAGCGCAGGCGUGCAGACUGAGUUCUAGGCCCAUCCACCCUGGUGCUUUCAUUGGAUAUGGCGCCAAGGUGCUCCCUCCAGGGCAUUGGUGUGGCUCAGCGCCGGGCACAUCUGUGCCUUACGGGGUGUGGAGGGGCAGGGCUGGGGCGGGACCUCCCGAAGUCAGGCAGGGAAGGGCCCACCUGAGUCACUUUAUUGGGUUCGUUCGGUCAACACUUUAUUGCCCCCCUGCUUUCUCUUCUGUUGGAUGAUCUCGGACGUAGGGUCUGGUUUUGGGGAUUUCCUACUGUGCUGGGACUGGGACACAGCUGAAGGGGCCUGAGGAGCUCUUGGGGCUGCCUGUCC